GUGUUCGCAGCAGCAGAGUUACACGAAACACAGGACACCAGCACAAGGGGACUGCGCGGCGACACCUCUCACUCUCUCCCUCUCUCUCUCCACCAAUGGAAGGCUCGCCGGCGACGCGUCUCCCCGAGGCCGACGCGCUCCCCGAUGGCUUCGUCGAGAGCUCCUCCGCCGACCAGGCCCAGGCAGUCUCAUCCGCCCCCGCCGCCGGCGAUCCCCUGCAUCCCGCCCUCGGCCCUGAUCACGAGGGAGCCGCCCGCGCCGGCGGCGAGGAAACCCUAGCCGCCCCGUCCACCCCCGCCGACGCCGCCGACGCCCUGCGGAGCCUCUCUAUGGCUGCCGCCGCUUCGGAGCCGGAGCGUGCCCUCGAGCAUCAGGGGCCCGCCGCAGACAUAGGAGGUGCCAAAGAUGCAAUGAAGGAGAGCUUUGUGGUAGAGCAAGCAGAAUCGCUGCCCAAUCAAAAGGAGAUUGGCGAGCCAAAGCGUAAGGUCGUCAAGCGGAACAGUAAGCUAGAGAAGGACAGGGAGCUGUUGCAACUUGCCCAGAGGUACCAUGGAGUGGUGGCGGAGAGGGAUGCAGCCAUUGCAGUUAAAGAAAAAUUGGAAUCUCUUUGUAGAGAAUUUCAGCGUCAAAACAAAAUGUUAAAGGAAGAGUGCCAAAGGGUGUCAACAGAGGGGCAAAAUUUUCGGAUGGAAAUGUCCGACAAAUUCGAGAAUGCUAUGAAGGCUGUCAGUAUCAAGCUUGAGGAGCAGAAAAAUGAAUGCAUUGCUCAGUUUGAAGAGAACAAUUCGCUGAGAAAUAAACUCAAAGACCUUGCUGAUCAAUAUAGUAUCAUUCAGCAGAAAUAUGCUCACCAGCUGAAAGAAAAGACGCUGGAACUUGAGCUUGCUGAUCUGAAAAUUCAACAGCAUCAAGCAAAAGCAGCUCAAGAACAUGCCCAAAUGGUAUUGUAUGCUGAGCAAGUUUCUCAACUUGUCACUACUGAGAAGAACCUGCGGGUGCAGCUAGCUGCUGAUGGUGAAAAAUUCCAGCAGUUUCAGGAUGCCCUGUCAAAAAGCAAUGAAGUGUUUGAAACUUACAAGAAGGAAAUGGAACAGAUGGUGAAGGCGAUAAAAGACUUUAGGAAACAAAAUGAAGCCCUGAAGAGCAAGUGUGAGAAUUCAGAUAUUGCUCUUGUGAAGCUCAUUGAGGAGCGUGAGGUGAUGAAGAAGCAACUAGACAAAUAUAAGAAUCAAAAGGACAAACUCGAGUCCCUGUGCCGGUCGCUACAGGCAGAAAGGAAACAAAGCCCAUCUGUCAAUAUUCCUAAUGACGCCUGUAACCAAGAUGUUACAAGUCAGGAACAAAGCCCAUCUGUCAGUAUUCCUGAUGACACCUCUAACCAAGAAGAUCUUACAAGUCAGCAGCCAGAGUUAUAGCGUUUUGGUGCUUCAUGGUACCUGCCCUUGGUGCUGCUGCUCUCUAUGGUAUAACUCGGCGAGAUUUUCAGAAUCCUGGCAAACGGAUAUAUGCGAUACUUUUCCUUACUUCGCUUGUGAUUCUCUGGGAGCUGUGGACAUGUAUGUCACACGCCCAACCGAAACUAUUUGCCUAAAUAUCUCGUCGUUUGAGCAAUUUCAGAGUGGCUUUGGUUCCUCGGUGCAAAGAGCUGUUGAGUUGAGUUUGUAACGAGACCAGCGUUACAAUUUGUCCCUUUUUCGUGUGAUUGGAUGGUAGAACAUCAGUUUUUUUAGAAACAAGCCGAAUGUGUGCACUGGUGAACUGAUCAAAAUUAUGUGGUAAGCAGGUUUUAUACUUAUAUUAGUGAGGAGUGCUUUGUC